UAACAGAGCAGGGCCCAUGAUUUAAACAGCAGCCUGUGUGUUGACCCCAUGGCACACAGACUGUGUCCCAGCCCAUUACCGUUCUGUUCUGGGCUGUGCAAUGAGUGACUUGGGAGCUACCCGGGCCCCAUUCUGACUCUCACAGGAUAAUCUCUCCUUGUCACAUGUUCAUUUCCAUCCAGCUCCCCCGCGCCGCCCUCAGACUGACAGUGGGAGAGUCACGGUGCCCGUGAUCAUCUGCAUUAUCCUGGGAGCCCUGCUCUGCCUGGUCUUAAUCAUCCUGGGUGCUCAGGUGCGAAGUGCCAGGGCACAGCGCAGAGGCUCCAGAAGAUCCUUGGACCCUUUCUCUGAGGCCGUGUACGAGGAGAUUGAUUAUAACCUGAUGAGAAAGAAGCAGAUGUUUGAUCGCUCAGUCUCCUAUUCAGAUGACUCAGUGACGAAGCUGCAGUAUUACACUGGAGACAGCGAGAGGGAAAAUGAUCCUGGAUCAGAACAAGGGGGAGAUUACCUGGGGAGCUCUCAUUUGGAUUACGACAACAUGGAGGAGCCUGCCUUGAACGAUGUCCCCCAGACUCCAGACAGUCGAGAGGUUCCUGCGCUGCCUGGAGAUGACCCAGGGGAUGGUUAUGAUGAUGCCAGAGAAAUUUCUGACUCUGAAGAUGACCCUGGUUCUGGACUAAGUUCCCAGGAAGUCACUGUGGCCCAUAGGGGAAGUGUCAGGAACUGGGAGUCACAGACAGGGACCUCCAAGCACCAAUUGGAGGAGAAGAAGGACCUGGUCCUGGAGAAAGCUGUUUUCAGCACCAUCCUGAAGUAUCUCCAGGUUGAAGAAAAGUUUCACAUCCCUACCUCACACUGGAAAGUCUACGACAGGCUCCUCUGUCUUGUCAGCAAACUGGAGACUGACCUGGAAUAUGCCCCGCUGCCAGCUGCCUUCACAGUGUGUUCACCGUGGCCACAGGGAAGGAAAUACACCCAUGUCCAGGCAGAUCGUCAGCCUACUUCUCAGUCCCAGGAGCAGGAGCUGUAA